CUGAACGAUACUCACUUGUCAAGUGGGCUGAACGUACUUUCACGUUCAGUUCCAACUGUUAUACGAUUAAUUUUUUGAACAGGGGUAAAAUGGACAAUUAACAUAGUGGUGCAAAGUUACACCACUAAAAAGGAUAAACCUAUUUGUGAGUCAUUAAUUGGUAGAUAAACUAUGUCCACUUCAUAUAUAAAAAAGGAACGCAAGCUAGCUUCGUGCUCAUACAUUAAGGCAAGGAGCACUACUUACAUUAGGUGAGAACCACUUUUUUAAUUCAGAGUGCUUCAUCAACGUUUGAUAUUCUGCUAUGGCAAAGGAAGUCCUUCACAUGAAUGGAGGUGAUGGAGAUACAAGCUAUGCCAAAAACUCCUCAUUUCAGAAAAACGUGAUGUUGACCACAAAACAUCUACUUGAAGAUAGUAUAAAGAGGUUGUAUUGUGAAACACUUCCAAGCUGUUUCAAAGUGGGAGAUUUAGGUUGCUCAUCAGGUCCAAAUGCACUUUUGGUGGCAUCUAACAUCAUCAACACCAGACGCAGUGAGCCGCCCGUGUUUCAAUUUUUCCUCAAUGACCUCAUUGGAAAUGAUUUCAACACCACCUUCAAGUCACUCCCUGAUUUUCAUCAAGGACUGCAAGAAGAGAAGGGCCUUGAGUUUGGUCCAUGUUUCUUCAAUGCAACCCCUGGAUCAUUUUAUGGGAGACUCUUUCCCAAGGAUUCUGUUCACUUCUUUCAUUCCUCCUAUAGCUUGCAUUGGCUUUCUAAGACUCCAGAUGAACUGGCUGGUGCUGCAGAACCGCUAAAUAAAGGGGCCAUUUACUUGACAGAGACAAGCCCUCCAACAGUGCACAAAGCAUACUUAGAACAGUUUCAAGAAGACUUCAAGUUAUUCUUGAGAUCACGUUCAUGUGAACUGCUUCCUGGUGGUGCCAUGGUCAUGACACUCAUGGGAAGAGAUGAAAAUUGAUGACCCGAGGUUUAUUCUAUGUUUAUCGAGUCAUUUUUACCUCUUUAUUCUUCUUUUUGAGUCCUUCAUUGAGUGUUGAGUCAAGUUGAGUCCCUUUAUAGUUCAUAAUUGCAUUUGCAUUAGUUUAGGUAUUUUUAAUUUAUUUAUUUGGUCUUUUUAUUAGUUUUAGUUUGAGGUUAAUUCUUAUGUUCAGAUUUGAGCUGAAAUCUUGAGAGAAUAUGAGAGUUGAUUGCAUAUUAGGAGUUUUAUUUGAUGAAUUGAAUGGAUGAUUUCUGAAUUAUUGUGAUUAAAUGAGUGGAUCCAUGAGUUACAUUGGUGGAAUGAUGGUUUGUUAAGAUUCCUUGAAGGUUUCAGGUGUUUUUGAUGGCUAAUGAAGUUGAUUCAAGACCAAGUAAUGAGCCAUGAUGAUAGUUGAAGAAGGAGUUACAAAAUUCGGAGAAGAAUCUGAUGAGCCACGCAUGUGCGCCACCUGUACCACACACAUGCGUGGCUGUUCUGUGAACGAAGGGGAGGAUUUGCUGAAGCCCACGCAUGUGCGCCCCUCAGGCCACGCACAUGUGUGGUGGUUCUGAUGAAAAAAAUGAAGGAACGUGAAGGCCACGCAUGUGCGCUGUUUUGGCCACGCACAUGCGUGGUAAGCAGACCUGGGAGCUGAUUUUUGACAGAUCAUCCACGGAUGUGCGUGGAGGAGGCCACGCACAUGCGUGGCGGGCCGCUGGAAAGUCUAUAAAUUAGGAUUUUGUGAUUUCUUUUAGGUAUCUUGGUAUUUUUCUGAAUAAAACUUAAGUUUUAGUUUCUUGGAGCUUGUGGGAGGCUUCUUGGCACUCUUGUUUUAGGUUUUUGUUCUUUUGAUUUACAUUAUGAAUUCUCUAGCCAUGCUUGACUAAUUUCUCUUUGUACUUUGGGUGAAGUGAACCUUAGUUCU